UGAUUGUUUAUUGCGUUGCUGGGCCUGUGUUAUAUUACAUCUACCUGUGCCGUACCCGCUUAUGAAUCGAUAGUCGUCGCUUAGAAAUCAAUCUGGAUAUGAACAAUGCAUGAAUGUUAUAGAAGUACGCUGGAAUCUACAUUUAAACAGCUUGCUUCCAAUGGGCCUGCACAAUGGGGACACGGGAAACAAGGGGCCCGAGAUGUAAGAUAAAAAGGGAAGCAGACGACGCGGACUAGUCAACUUUACACAAUGGCACAUAUCUACAACGCCAAAACCACGGCGAACGAGUUGACGAACGACUUGGCUCAUGAAAUCAGUGGCAAAGUUGUAAUGAUAACUGGCCCAUCCCCAGGCAGUAUCGGAGCGACUUUCGUCAAGAGCAUUGCAAAGGCGCAGCCUGGUCUUUUGGUGCUGGCCGGUCGCAAUCUUACCAGUAUACAGAGAACGGCCGACGGACUUGCUGCCAACCAUCCCGCUAUCCAGGUUCGCCUGCUCGAGCUGGAUGUAGGCUCUCUAGCCGCGGUCCGCACAUCAGCCGCGACUUUCAAUGCUUGGGACGAUGUUCCAAAGCUCGACGUUCUUAUCAACAAUGCAGGCAUCUGGGCGGUUGAAUUUGCACUGUCAAAGGAUGGUUAUGAGUCAACCUUUGCCACGAACCAUCUGGGGCCUUUCCUCUUCACAAACCUGAUCAUGAAGAAGAUCCUAGCUUCCUCGUCACCACGAGUGGUCAACGUCAGCAGUAACGGCCAUCGCCUAAGUCCAAUCCGUUGGGGCGACUAUAACUUUCGGGAUGGAGAGACGUACAACAAAUGGUCCGCUUACGGCCAGUCGAAGACGGCCAAUAUGUUGUUUGCUCUCUCCCUGGCCAAGACGCUGGGACCGAAGCUUCUAGCUUUCAGUCUCCACCCCGGUACCAUCCUUACCAACAUGACAAGUCCAAUCGGAGAGGCAGGUAUGGCUGCUAUUCGUGAUAGUGACAAGGCAAUGGGAAACGCCGAGGCGUGGAAGGAGUACAUAUUCAAAUCAGAACAGGAGGGUGCUGCAACCCACAUCUACGCAGCGUUUGAGCCCAGUCUUUCAGCAAAUAACGGCGCAUAUCUGGAGGACAGUCAUGUUGCAGACCCGUGGGUUCAAACAGUCAAGCCGUGGGGAACUAGUACUGUCGAAGCAGAAAGGCUGUGGAAGUUGAGCGAGAAUCUCGUGGGCGAGACGUUCAACUACUAAGCAAAGGAGUUUUAACA